UAUUUGAAUUGUGAUGCUUAUAGGAAUAUGACAAUAUGUAGCUGUACUUGGCUAAUUGAAUAUGUACAUACAUGUAACCUAGAGCUUCCAGCCUGGUAUUGUACCUAGGUACAUAAGGUACGUACCUUACCAUAGAAACCCGAUAAAUAUGGGCACCACUUAACGCGUUACCAGGGCAGCUGCAGGGCAUCAAAAACGCGUCUUCAAUCGCGGGGUCCAGCUCUCAAAAGAUUGCCAAGUACAAAAGUUACAUCCUUCUCACCAUUGAUACACCGCGAAUCUUCAUAUAAUACUAAGUCUACCUUGACACCUUCGUAACUUACCAACCAUUAAAAAAUUACAACCCGGUCCAUUCAGGUACACAAUGGAGGACGAAGAUAUAUCCCACCACUACGAUAACAGCCACCGUGCGUUUCUACAGGCCUUUAUGGCCCGCGGCACCAUGACGUUCAAUCAAGCUCAGCCCAUCCUCGCUGCUAUAUUCACAGCCCACGACCAAGACGAGCACAAAAACGGGAACAUGGAUGAGGAGCCCGAAGUAACACGACCGGAACAGGUUACACGCGAAGACUUCGAGUCGUACGUAUCGGCAGCAUCGGCCGCUAUCUCCCCCUUUGACAUGGAAAUCCGAUCGACCACGCACCAAGUCUCCAAAGAGCGCGUGUAUUCUCUUAUAAACACGACUUCGGACCCCAUGACACAACUCGCAACUCUGCGCUCAGCCGAAGAGAUGGCAUUUGUAAGGAGGGUGAUCGACGCCAUGUUCGACCGGUAUAACUCCCCUAGAAUGGAGGUCCUAUGUCUAGACGGCAUGCAAGCUAAUAAACUGCGAACUGCGCCGCGCAACGAGGACGAGGGAAGCGGCAAUGGCAACGGCGCGGGAGAAAAUGGGUCGCAGGCUGUAAGUAGUCUGAAGGGCCUCAAGAGCAGCGAAGUAGAACAAGUCCUGCGCGGACUCGUCGACGAGGGGUGGUUUGAGCGCAGCCGCGCGGGCUUCUACUCGCUCUCCGCGCGCGCACUAACCGAGCUCCGACAAUGGCUUGUCGACGCGUAUAACGACACCGAAGCGGGCGAUACCGAGUGGCAGCGCAUCAAGUUCUGUGAGGCAUGUCGGGAGAUUGUGACAGUGGGGCAGAGGUGUGCGGAGCGCGACUGCUGCGUGCGGUUACAUGAUAUUUGCCAAGAGGCGUUCUGGCGCACUCGGAAGGAGCGCGUGUGUCCACGGUGUAGUACGGGGUGGACGGGAAAGCAUUUUGUAGGGGAGAGGGCGGUUACGGAGACGGAGGCAUAUCAGAGGGGGAGGAGACGGAGUGGGAGGGGAGGUGGACGGAGUAGUCUUGUGGAAGAUAUUAUGGAUGGAGAGGAGGAAGAGGAAGAGGAGGAGGAGGAGGAGGAGUGAGAGGACCUCUCCUUUCUUGGAAGUGGUGGUGAUACCGCCUUUCUACAUACUAUACUUUUAUAUCGGUCUAGAACGACCGUUUAGAAACCAAAAAGGGAAGGGAAUGGGAUGGACAUAAAAUGGAGGUGUUAGAUUAGAUACCCUUGGACUUGUUCCCUGAAAAUUAAAUUACUACUACGUAACUAUGCUUAUGGGAUAUCAUCUAGCUUGACUAUCAUAUUUUGAUUAAUUAUUAAGAUAAUUGUUAGGA